CUACUGUUCUAGAAAAUUCUAAGAAUCUAUGUACAAUUAUUGCUGUAGUGUACUAGUUAAUGUUUUUAUUUAUUACUUUAAGUUAAUAAAUGUAAAUAUUCUCUUAGGAUUGAGGCUGUAAUUAAUGUGAUUAUAUUUUUCCUUUUCUAAUCUAUACAUUAUAUCAGUUGCGGCCGAAGAAAAUAUUUUCAUUGCAUUUAAUUAGACUACGUACUUAAUUUAUUUAUGAUGGCUUCUAGCGCAAACGAAGAAAAUAAAGUUGUCAUAAAGAAAGAUUGGUAUCAAACAGAGAGUCAAGUGACCAUAAGCGUUUUGGGUAAACAUACAUCAAAAGAAGACUGUCAUGUACAAUUUGAGAAAAAUGAAGUGAAUAUUCAAGCCAAAUUUGCCUCUGGUCAACCCUACAAUAUUAAUUUGAAACUUAGCAAAAAUAUUGCACCUGAAUUAAGUAGCUUCAGAGUUCUCUCGUCGAAAUUGGAGUUACGCCUUGCAAAGGUUGAAGGGAUAAUGUGGGAUGUGCUAGAGAAUACUGUUGACAAAACAACUAAGUCUGCUGUCGUACCUCGCAAUUGGGAUAAGGUUGUCAAUGAUAUGACAAAAGAUGAAGACGAUAGUGAUGUAAACACUUUAUUCAAGAAAAUUUAUUCAGAUGGUUCAGACGAAGUGCGCAAAGCUAUGAACAAAUCAUUUUUGGAAUCAGGAGGCACUGUUUUAAGUACCAACUGGAAAGAUGUUGCCCAAGAAAAAGUAGAUAUUAAACCUCCAGAAGGUAUGGAGUGGAAGAAAUGGGAUGAAUAAAUUAAUUUGUACAUACUACUACGUUUAUUUAAGUGUUUAUCUUUCUUUAAAAAUUAUAAAAUAAUACG